CAUGAUUAGAAAUCCUCAAAAUCCAAUUGUGUUCUUCGAUGUAGCUAUAGCUGGUCAAAAGGUCGGUCGCAUAAGAAUGGAGUUGUAUGCUGAUGUAGUUCCAAAAACAGCAGAGAAUUUCAGACAGUUGUGUACAGGAGAAUAUAAGAGAUUUGAUAAACCUGCUGGUUACAAGGGUUGCUAAUUUCAUAGAGUGAUCAAGGAUUUCAUGAUCUAGGGAGGUGAUUUUGUGAUGGUAUCCAUUCUUAAUUACAAUAGGGAGAUGGCACUGGGUGUGUUUCAAUUUAUGGAGAUAAAUUCGAAGAUGAGAAUUUUUAAUUGAGACAUGAUGAACCUGGAUUAUUGUCUAUGGCCAAUUCUGGGCCCAACAGUAACGGCUGUCAAUUUUUUAUAACUUGUACCAAAUGCGAUUGGUUAGAUGGAAAACAUGUAGUAUUUGGUAAGGUAAUUGAUGCAGGGUCUAUGCAAGUGAUCAGAAGAAUUGAAACCACUCCAGUUGGUCCACAAAAUAAACCAAAAUAAAUCAUCAUUAUAGAAGAGUGUGGAGAGUUGUGA